CAGCAGUUAGCCCUGCCCUGAAAGAAAAAAAGACCCCCCCUUCCACAGGAACCCCAAAACUGAGACAGGUUCUGGGCAGCUUAGGUAGACCUGGGCUUGCAGAUAAAGCAGAUUUGGGGAGCAGCUAGGUCAGGGGUUGGGAGGCUCCUGAGAGUGUGAGCAAGUUGAGGGUUUUUUUUGGGGGGGGGUCAGGCUAGCUGUAAGUGGGCUUAGUCCCUUAGACUGGGAGGUGUUUCCAUUGCACUGGGGUUUGGCCGUGGGGUUUAGAUUUCCUGGCGCCCCAUGGAAGAUUCAAUGGAGAGGAGCCCCCUCUUAGGAGGGGGCGACCACCGGGGCCCCCCCAGCUCCCCCGGUGCCAGCGCCUUCCGCGGCCGGCGCCUGGCCUGCGCUGCAGUGCUGCUGGCGGAGAUGCUGGAGCGAGUGGCGUUCUACGGCAUCACCUCAAACCUGGUGCUUUUCCUCAACGGGGUGCCCUACAACUGGGAGGGCACCCAAGCCAGCCAGGCCUUGCUGCUCUUCAUGGGCGUCACCUACCUGGUGUCGCCCUUCGGGGGCUGGUUGGCGGAUGCCCUGCUGGGCAAGUUCCCCACCAUCCUGUUCAGCAUGGCGGUCUACCUGCUGGGCAUGCUGGUCUUCCCUGCCAUGGCUUACUCCACCACCCGCCAGUGGCUCUGCGGGGAGAUGCCCCUGCGGACCGUAGAGAAUUGCUCUGUGCCCGUGUCGCCCAACAUCACCCACACCCCGUGCCAGCUGCAGGGAGCCAACCGCUAUUGCCUGGUGGCCAGCUUCGUGGGAUUGGUUCUCGUGGGAGUCAGCGUGGGUUCCGUCAAGGCCAACAUCACGCCCUUCGGAGCCGACCAGGUCAAAGACCGGGGCCCCGAAGCCACACGAAGGUUUUUCAACUGGUUUUAUUGGAGCAUCAACUUGGGGGCCAUCGUAUCCUUGGGAGGCAUCGCGUACAUCCAGCAGAACGUGAGUUUUGUCAUCGGCUACAUCAUCCCAGCUGUUUGCAUCGGGGUGUCCUUCGUCGUCUUUCUCUGUGGCCAGAGCUUCUUCAUCACAAAGCCCCCUGACGGCAGCGCCUUCACAGACAUGUUUAAGAUUCUGGCCUAUUCGUGUUGUUCCCGGAAGAGGCCUGAGGAAUACUCCAGCAACAGUAGAGACACCCAAGGGGUACUUCAUCAACCAGCUCCCAAACAAAGCCUCUUCGAGAUGGCCAAAUCAUCCCAUGGAGGGCCAUUCAGGGAAGAUAAAGUUGAGGAUGUGAAAGCUCUGGUCAAAAUCAUUCCAGUCUUCCUGGCCCUCAUACCUUACUGGACGGUCUAUUUUCAGAUGCAGACAACGUAUGUCCUCCAAAGCCUGCACUUGAGAAUCCCCCAGUUUUCAAACAGCACCUCAAACAGCCAUACGUUCCCUGCAGCUUGGCUGACCAUGUUUGACGCGGUGCUUAUCCUCAUAUUAAUACCUUUGAAGGACAAAGUGGUCGACCCCAUCUUGAAGAGGCACGGCCUGCUCCCGUCGUCGCUGAAGAGGAUUGCCGUCGGCAUGUUCUUUGUGAUGUGCUCUGCGUUUGCUGCAGGAAUAUUGGAAAGCAACAGGCUGAAGAUCGUGAAGGUCAGGACUAUCAAUCAGACGAUUGGGAACGCAGUCUAUCAUGCGGCUGAUAUGUCGGUCUGGUGGCAGAUCCCUCAAUACCUCCUGAUUGGGUUCAGCGAGAUAUUUGCAAGCAUUUCGGGUCUGGAAUUUGCAUAUUCUGCUGCUCCCAAAUCUAUGCAGAGUGCUAUUAUGGGUCUCUUUUUCUUUUUUUCCGGAAUUGGGUCUUUUGUUGGAUCAGGGCUUCUGGCUUUGGUGUCUGUUACAGCGAUUGGCUGGAUGAGUAAUCACACAGAUUUGGGUAACAUUAAUGGGUGCCAUUUAAACUAUUACUUUUUUCUGCUGGUUGCUAUUCAAGGAGCAACCCUUCUCCUUUUCCUUAUUGUGUCUGUCAGAUAUGACCGCCAAAGAUCCCGGACUAACGGACCUCCCGCCAGUGUGCGGACCUGACAUCUGCAAGGAAAGAGCAGCUUUUAUGACCGACAUUUGAUGUCAGUUGAACCAUCCAUCUGCGAGGUCUUAAAUGCUAAUACAGUGGCCGUUUGUGGCCAGGAAAUGUUUUCUUUAAACUUGCAUGUUAACAUUGCGUUCUUGCCUCAACCCUCUUUGUUCCUUCCCCUGUAAAAGUAGGUAAGUGCCUUAUGUUAGCAAGAUGGCCUUGUCUUGCCCAGUGCCCAGAGACAUGGCCCAAGCUCAAUUUUUCAAGUGUGUUACCCUUGGGCACAGAAGACGCACAGAAGAUGCAGCGAACUUAUUCGAAGCUGUUUCCUUCAGUCUGUUGAAGCUGGGGACGAUUAGCCUUUGGAUACAGAAGCGAUGAAUGACUGCCUACUAAGGAGACGUUUAAUUUCUUUGAAGAAUGACUUUGAAGGAAAUGAGCAAAAGAAGGUUGCUUGCCAUUUCCCCUUGCUUAUCCAUUUCCCCAGAAAUAAUGUUCUCCUUUCUUAAAACGGAAGUGCCGGUGUGGAUGGGGGUGAGAAGUCUCUGUUGGUGUUGGUUAUAUGGGAAUGAAGUGGUGUGGAAUUUUUUUAUUCCUGUGUUGUCCAAAAAGGGAAGCGACUUCAACCUACGUGGUAUUUUCCACGGCAAAAGUUAUGAAACUACUGUAAUGAACAGGCCUCGCUGUGCAACGUGGCGGUCCUUCUGUUGCUGUCUCAUUUCUAUCCGUUAAAUCAUUUCGUGGCAGGAAACUGAGCUGGUAUCAGAGUCUUUCCUUUUUCUUCCUUUCUUUUCUGUUGCCUCACGCCUUGAGAAUUUAUCCUUUCUUAGGUAGGAGUUGAAAUGUACUCAAGCAUUUGGGAUAUAUUGUGUGCUGUGAAUAAGCAAAUCUGUUACUGUCCCCUCAUUUUUAGGUCACUUUCCCAUUUAAAAGCUGAUGGCGCGGAUGGGAGUAGAAACUAUAAGUAUUUGAAAGUGUAAUUUGAGCUAGGUUGGAUGGACAUUCUGAAGGGCACAGCCAGUUUGGAGUAGAGGCCCAAGAUGGAUGAAAGUUCUUUGUGGUGCGACCUUGGCAAUCUGUGUGCCAAAACAAGGCCCAAGAAUCUACAUUGACUGCUAGCCAAACUGGUUCUCCAUUAAAACCCCAUCUUGUGGAGGACAAGGCUCUUGUAUAUAAAUCAGGAAGAGGGAACAUUUGACCCUCCUGAAGUUGGACUCCCAGCUCCCAUCAGCUUCAGCCAGCUUGAAGAGUGGUCAGGGAUGAUAGGAGAUGUAGCCCCAAACAUUCUGAAGGGCCACAGGUUCUCCACCCCUGACGUAAAUCUGCCUUGAGCUUCUCAGCAGAGGGGUGUGCCAUAGAAACAGUUGGGUUCCCUCAGUCAUUUUCCUAGCCUUCUUAAUUAACCUAAUGAAAGCAAGAGCCUUUAUUUCAUCUCGCAUGUACCUCGCUCAAAUGUUCUCUAUUUCUCACAGGGCCUAAUUUUCAGCCACAUAAAAAGCAGUAUUUUGCACAGAAAUUGCGGAGUUCUGGCAAGUGGGAAUCAACUCCACCUAAUAACAAAUGGUUUUUCAACUUUUUUUUUAUUUUUGGUGAGGAGGUGAUUAAUUUUUAAGAGUAUUCAAACAUUGGAAUGGAAAAGGCGCCUUUGGUUUUCUAUAAUUCAAGUACCUUCAUUUGGAAAUGUUUACAAAAGCCCGUGUGCGGGGAACCUGUGUUCUAGGGUGAAUAAAAAAGUAUGCUGCAGA